AUACUCUGUCCUACAGGACACCAAUAUUUAUGAUAUUAAAAUGUUAAAUUAAUAAGAAAUAUAUUCAAGAAAAUUUUUGUUGAAAACAAAAACGAAAACAUGAUGCGAAGGUUCAUAUCCAUCAUCCUAGCGUCUUGCUACAUUUUAGUGGAUAGUUACAUCACAAGACUUCCAUGUAAAUAUCAUGGUAACUUCUCUGACAUCCAAUAUAACAAGUAUUCCCCAGGAAAUGUUAUUAAAUCGAUCAAAACAAUAACUAGAGACAAGUGUAUGAUUGGUUGUGUGGGAGAAUCAUUGUGCAAAGCGUGUAAUUACCAUGGCUCAACUCAACUAUGCGAUCUUCUAUCUUCUGAUGUUGCAGCAACUUCAUCAAAAAAUGGAUCGAUUUAUAUGCGAACGAAUAAUACAAACAGAAACAGAGGACCAUUUUGCAAAAGUCUAAAUCCAUGCCAGGAGAAGACGAUAUGUGAUGACUCAUGCAACAGCGUUGGAUACGAAUGUGUCACACUGAAAAACGUGGCGCUACAGGCGGAAGCAUCCUUAUCAACAAAGAAAUCGGGUUAUCCUGGCAAAUACGCUAUAGAUGGUGACACUACAAGGUUACAUUAUGCGUCAACCCAAGCGAAAACACUUGAUUGGUUGAAAAUCGAUUUAAAACGUACACAUCAUCUUUUGUAUAUUAAAGUAUGGCGACAAUCUAUUAAUAAUUAUGUAGCCUUAAAAAUUGGUAUGUUUAGCGAACUCAAAGAUAACCCAAGUAUUGGCAGAAUAUAUGAAAGUGAUGCCAAUGGGUUGACGCAUUUCUGUAAAAGCGAUAAAACAUUUUGCGAAGCAAGAUACGUGGGGGCUUACAGAAAAUAUCAAAAUACACAAAUUCUGGCGAUCAGAGAAGUAGAAGUUUAUGGAUAUGAAGCAUAAUGUGCUGCGAUCGGAAUAUAAAAACGUACUUAACUAUGAAGCUUCUACAAAGUACAUUGACUCUUUGUUUUUUACGCAAUCAUUUAACACAAAAGAUGAAGUAACGCGCUAGUUUAUACGCGCAAUAAAAAUCGAAUAAACAAAACUAAAAAUUUGAAAGUAGCUAAUUUUACGUCAAAUACCAUUAGACAGUUGUUGACUCAAGCUUUUACUGCACGUACAGUUACAAGCUGCAAUUGUGAAUUUAAGCUGUAGAUGUUUUUUAGAAAUAUAUUGACACAAAAAAAAUUCAAGAUAA